AUGCUCCUAUUCUGCUUGUACAUCCUGGGGCUGCCGCUGGCGCUGCUCAUCGCCCGCGGUUUCUACAAUGUGUUCCUCCAUCCCCUCCGUCGGUACCCGGGCCCGCUGCUCUGCCGCGCUAGCUUCCUCCCGCUCACGCUGCAGCACUGCCGGGGCGACUCGAACAAGCACAUCCAGGCCCUGCACAGGAAGUACGGCCCCGUCGUCCGCGUCGAGCCCAACCUGCUCAGCUACGCCGACAGCCGCGCCUGGUCCGACAUCUACGGGCACCGCAGGACCGAGGACAAGGCAAGGCCGCGGGGCGCCCUGCCCAAGGCGUACUUUGGCGUCCGCAAAAACCUCAAUGGCGUUUCCGACAUUCUUAAUGCGCCCACUGACAGCGACCACAGGCGUAUGCGAAAGGUCAUGAACCACAUGUUUGCCCCGUCGGCGAUAGCUAGCGAGGAGCCGCUGGUCCAGCGGUACGUCGACAAGAUGAUCGCCCGUUUGCGAGAGAGGGCCUCUCGGAGCGAGGAGGUCGACAUGCUGAUGUGGUACAAUUACACCACAUUUGACCUGCUGGGCUCGCUGGCCUUCGACCAGGACUUUGGCUGCCUGGAGAGCGGCGAGCUCCAUCCGUGGGUGGCCAACGUCUUCAGGUCGAUCAAGGAUAGCUUCCUGCAGCGGACGCUGAGCCGCUUCCCGCGCCCGCUCGACCGGCUGGCCCACCGCUACUGGACCGACAGCGCCCUAGUCCAGGCCCGCAAGGCUGAGUUCAGUUUCGCCGUCGCCAGCGCCAAGAAGAGGCUCGCCCGGGGCGUCGACGAGGGGAAGCACGACUUCAUGAGCUACAUGCUGAAGCACAAUGACGAAAAGGGGCUCUCCGAGGGCGAAAUAAUCAGCAACUCGUCCAUCCUCAUCAUUGCCGGCAGCGAGACAUCCGCUGCGUAUCUCUCUGGCGUAACGUGGUGCCUGAUGAUGAACCCUGCCAUCAUGGAAAAGCUGACGAGCUUGAUCCGCUCAACCUUUGCGACUGACUCCGAGAUCACGUCGACCUCGCUUGCGCAGAUCGAGUACCUGACCGCGGUUCUCAAGGAAGGCGGGCGCCUAUACCCGCCGUUGCCUACUGGCCAACCGCGGCAGGUCACAGAAGGCGGCUGCUUCAUCGCCGGCGAGAUGGUCCCCGAGGGCUCCAUCGUGUUCGUGCACGCGAUGGGGGCCAGCAUGGCGCCCUUCAACUUCGCCGACCCGGACCGCUUCGUGCCCGAGCGCUGGCUCAGGGAGCCGCCGGCCCCCUACGGCGACGAUAACCUCGAGGCCUCGAUGCCGUUUGCUCUAGGCCCGCGGUCCUGCAUCGGCCAAAGUCUCGCCUGGGUCGAAAUACGACUAAUCCUAGCGCGGCUACUAUGGAACUUCGACCUGGCGCUGGCCCCCGAGCAGACUCGCUGGAUCCAGAACCAGAAGGCCUUUCAGGUGUGGGAGAAGGGACCCUUGAAGGUGCGGCUGACGGAGCGAAAGUAGUCGCCUUUCUGUGCAACGCAAGGGGAUAGCGGCAACCCUUGGUCUAGAAAAUGGAUGGAUCGCUUUGGGGGAACACCAAUGUAGCCAUUACUAAG